ACCCCGGGGAGCUGAUGCCGUCAGGGACCUUGGCGGAGCGGGCGUCCCACGGGGCCACCCCAAGCAUCGGCGUCGGAGAGGGGUCCCCAGCCUGGCCACCAUGUGCGAGCUGUACAGCAAACAGGACACCUUGGCGCUGAGGAAGAAGCACAUCGGGCCUUCGUGCAAAGUCUUCUUUGCUGAGGACCCCAUCAAGAUCGUGCGCGCCCAGCGGCAGUACAUGUUCGAUGAGAAUGGCGAGCAGUACUUGGACUGCAUCAACAACGUGUCCCACGUGGGACACUGCCACCCGGAAGUGGUGAAGGCCGCCCUCAGGCAAAUGGAAAUGCUCAACACCAACUCCCGCUUCCUCCACGACAACAUCGUGGAGUAUGCCAAGCGCCUCUCGGCAACGCUGCCCGAGAAGCUCUCCAUCUGCUACUUUACGAAUUCUGGCUCUGAAGCCAAUGAUUUAGCCUUACGCCUGGCUCGCCAGUUCAGAGGCCACCAAGAUGUCAUCACCCUUGACCAUGCUUACCAUGGUCACCUGACAUCUUUAAUUGAAAUUAGCCCGUAUAAAUUCCGAAAGGGUAAAGAUGCCAAGAAGGAAUAUGUGCACGUGGCACCGACUCCCGAUACCUACAGAGGGAAGUACAGAGACGACCACCCAGACCCCGCCAGUGCUUACGCCAAUGAAGUGAAGAAGAUCAUUGAUGAGGCACAGAAGGACGGGAGGAAGAUCGCGGCCUUUAUUGCCGAGUCCAUGCAGAGCUGUGGUGGACAAGUCAUUCCGCCAGCAGGCUACUUCCAGAAAGUGGCAGAGUAUGUUCGUGCCGCAGGGGGAGUGUUUAUAGCUGAUGAGGUCCAGGUGGGCUUCGGCCGAGUUGGGAAACACUUCUGGAGCUUCCAAAUGCAUGGUGAAGACUUUGUCCCAGACAUCGUCACCAUGGGCAAACCAAUGGGCAAUGGACACCCAAUGGCGUGUGUGGUAACAACCAAAGAAAUCGCUGAAGCCUUCUGCAGCUCUGGGAUGGAGUAUUUCAACACGUAUGGAGGAAAUCCCGUGUCUUCUGCUGUUGGCCUGGCUGUCCUGGAUAUCAUUGAAAAUGAAGACCUUCAGGGCAAUGCAACGAGGGUGGGGAACUACCUCCUAGAGCUACUGAAUAAGCAGAAGGCAAAGCACCCACUCAUAGGAGAUAUCAGGGGCUUCGGCCUCUUCGUUGGCAUCGACUUGGUGAAGGAGCAUCAGGCGAGGACCCCCGCCACUGCUGAGGCUCAGCAUGUCAUCUACAAGAUGAAGGAGAGCCGAGUGCUCAUCAGCGCCGAUGGCCCGCACCGCAACGUGCUCAAGAUCAAACCGCCCAUGUGUUUCACAGAGGACGACGCCACGUUCAUGGUGGACCAGCUGGACUCCAUUCUGACCGCGUUGGAAGAAACCCUUGGGGUGCAGGCUGGAAGUGUGGUCUCUGAGAACGCUGCCUCCAAAGCCAAGGUGCCCGGUGAAGAAUUGCAUGGCGACAGCACGAGGGACCCCAAAGACAAUUCCAGCCGGAAGAGAAAUGGAAUGUGUGCAGACAAACGCCCCCUGGUCAGCAAGAGGCUCAAGACAUGAGGCGCCAGCGUUUCUGACAAGACAUGGGCUGGUGGAUUGCCCGUCUGUGCUCUCCGUUUAGAUGGCGAAUGAAAGCUCAACGAGGAAUAGGAAGGAAGCAGGUGAUGAUAAAGCGAUGCCAGUGUGAUUAGCUUAGUCUCUACCCAUUAAUUCCUUACUGACAUUUCUGAAUGUACAAAAUUUUUCCACUCGAUCAAAGCAUCAACGUGCAUAUUAAGUUGGCUCUUCCACUGCUCGUGUUUAAUGUUUAAAAUGAGAGAACAAAGUACAAUCCUUUCCUUAACUCGGGAGAUCUGGGAGGUGUAGUGCCUUGAAAUAUGAACUCUAAUGAUUUAAUUUAUAAGUAUAUUUAUAAACUAUAAUAAAAUAAGAGAUGAUAU